GAUAGAAGGUUGUUCCUUGACGCCGACGACGACGAGAAUGCAAACGAAUGCCGUCGCUGGUCCUUCAUCUCUAUAUCUGCAGCCAGUAACACAACCCCCUCAACCUCAAUACAUCAAAAGUACCAAUGAUUUACUCGCUCAGUUCUGUCUUAACGAUGCCUACGACAAGUAUGUCAAACCCCCACCACCCACGGACCCGACAUCUCCCAGUACUGCAGAUAAAGGGAAGGGAAAGGAGACAGCUGCAACACCUGCAGGCGAAGCUCAGGACCAGGAUGACGAUGACGUGACGGGGAAAGGAGAGAAAAAGAAAAAGAAUUCCUACAGACAUCUUAUUAAGGGUGUUCCUGGGAAGCACUCUAUGAAGAAAGACGACUAUCUCAUGACUACAAUGCAAGUUCCUCCCAAGCAGCGCGUAACAAUCGCGCCCUUCGACCUCAAGACUCAGACAGAAGCAUUUGAUGUCUCAUUGGAAGGUCUUAAGGGCUGGAACCAAGCUACACUCAUAUUAGAAAGUGCUCAGGCGAGAGAAGAUCGGAAGAAGCGGAAAGAACUCAAAAAACUUGCGAAAGCUCAAAUGCAAGGUCAGGCAACCAUGCAAUCGCAGACAGUACAACCGCAACCUGGCACCUCUACUCCAAAACCUUUUACCCCUUCCUCUAUCACCGCUGCUUCGGCAUCCACACCUUCGUCACACCCACCUAGGACAUCCACUCCACAACCACAACUUCAAAAAUCCGUGUCCUCAACAACGCAGCGCCCUAAUCCUCAUGUGCAUCCCCAACAAAUACUAACCACCACACCUACAUCUUCUACCAUCCCAGCGCCCAUAAUACCUCGACCUAACUCCACCCCGAGCGCUGCAGUAUCCGGUAAUAUCGUCCAUCCCCCAAACCCGAGAAAUCAUGUGCCGUCACCGGUACAGGUACCAACACAGAAAGUAGGUACACCUAUGAGAUCGGCAACACCUACGGCCGCUUCCGCUGGCCAUCAUCCCUUGAGUGCGCCUCCUCUGAGCGCAAAUACAGCUGCUUUCGGGACAGUAUCUAGUGCAUUAGGCCAAGCACCCAGAGGGAAGAAGAGGGAACUCGAGGAAUCUAGUUAUGGCCCACCAUCACAACAGCAUGAGUCUAUGAAUGGUCAUGCCAACGGAAUUCCUUCGACUCAAUCGGCCUCGAAAUCCAUCAUAGGAGUUCGGGCGGGAAAUAACGGCGUACGGCCUAGGCCGAUCAAGAAGCAGAGGAUGGUGAGUAUCUGGCUUUCAUUCGCUUUCAUCGGUUGUACGGCGUAUCGUUUGAAUGAAGUCGAGGAGUGGUUUUCGGUCUUUCGUCCUCUCCGUUGUUUUGUGUGACGCUCGUUUCUUUCGUCAUGGGGCAGAGAUGCUUGCUUGUUUUGUUCUUUCGCAUUCUUUUGGCUCUUUUAUUACAAUGAUUUUACUUCCUUUCCGAGUUUGAACCUACUUCCUCCAUUUAUAGGAUGCACAAGGCCUUGGGAGGGAGACAUCCCCUGUUCAGCAGCCAACGCCACAAGGGGUGUAGAAGAACAGCACCAUCACCGUAUUUGUCCUCCGUUUGUGCACCCGACCUCGAGCCAUAUCUAGGGAAGAUAUACACUCGUCGUUGAAGCUUUGGCUGUUUGUCUACUUAUGGUCGUACCGAAAGGACACCUACGACGUGCAAUGCAAUGUCAUUGCGUUGCGCCACCCUACCCCACCUCAGUUCCCAGGAACGACCGAGGUCCAUGACUCGUCUUUGGUUGAAUCGCCACAUCCUUGUUCCACUUGGGAUUCCUGAAUCACCUUCGCCUCAUCUCGAAGCUGAAUUUUCUUCUUUCCCCCUUGUCGAACCAUUACCAUCCACAUCCACUAUUUUCAUGAAACACAGCAUUUUUCAGACCAUACAUCAUCUGCAAAUGACAUUUGCGUAACUAGUUUACUUAGGAUCCUUCAUAAACCGAUCUUUUGCUCACGUCUCUUCCUACGUUCAUGUGGUGUGUCAUGGAUGGUAGUUACUUCCGCCUGUGCGAUGGUCCAUACGUAGUGAUAUCGUAAUAGAGACAAAGAAUAGUGCACCUGGCUCCUAUUUUUGAAGAUAUAAAUAGCGAAUUCAAAAAGUCUUUGGUUUUAUUUCAGGCUCAGUUGAGGAC